CUGCACGUUCAUUUUGAUGGUGGAUCGAUUCAUUUAUGAGCUUUUCUAUCAUUCUGCUUCAACUCUGCACAGCAAAACAUCACCUGGAUCUGCUCAAAUGCAUCUAACUGAGGAUUGUAGACUUCUCCUACUGGAUCGGUGAGCCAGAUGAACAACCCUACACCCCUUCACUUCUACAGAACCAAGGGGAAGAAUGUGUGUGUUCUCAUGCUACUGUGUGUUCCCCUCUCCAUGAUGGACAUCCCUGGUCCUUGCAAACAUGCCAUAACCAUGGACCACCUGCUUCAACUAAAACAACUGAUCAGCAACCAGUUGCGGACUGGCUGUUCAAUCACAUAUACAUUCAUAGAGAGAAAACACCUGAGCGUGGUGUGUUAUGUCAAAGCUGCUCUGCCAAGGGUGCUUGAACUGUUUAACGUCCACUUCAAAUACGUGCGGGGCUCAGGAAGUGCUCAAGCAGUGGUCUCUAUACAGAACCUCAUUCUCAACAUCUACUCCCAACACUGCAUACCUUCACUGGACGAGCAACUGGAGGAGGACCCUGUAGCAUUCGAGGGGCAAUACAAUGAGUCUCCUGUCCAGGCACUUCAAAGAGUCGAGGAGGUUUUGUCCCUCUACUUGCACCUCAUCACAACCACAAACACUCCAGUUAACUGGACCUGUGAGCAAGAGUAUAGCAGCAAUCUACCCCCUACUGCAACACAGCUAACCACCAGCACAGUAUGUGACAUCCCUUAUACAUAUAUAAUUUCAGUUAUAAUUCUGUUUCCUCAACAGAAGCUGCAGCAUCAGCUUUACAGAACAAGAAUUUCAUCAGACUGGGGAUUACAAGUUGUCGAAAACUUUGAAAUCCAAGAGGAAGUAUACCAGAUGAAUGACCGACAGACACCGCUUGGCUUACACCUCUCCACUGCCUUCUAAACGAUUUGCUCUUUCUGGAUGCUCACAGAAGAGUAUAAACAGUGAAAUAGACUUUCUGAUGCUUCAGGACGAACACGACCAUGAUCAGAGGAGGCAAACUGAAGAGAUAUGUCUGAUCUGUCAAGCUAACUCAUACGCCUUGGACCUUGUACACAUGUAAAUGUGCAUAUUACUACAAACAUCUAUUUCUGGACUACUGGAAAAGUCAAAGUAUUGCAUGCUCAGUAAUGCUACAGUUACAUCAGUCCACAACACCUACUGUAUGAGCUAGAGGAGGAAAAUCAUUCAAUCCUAGUUUGUUUCAUAGUUGGUUUCAUUUGUCAGUCUACUAUAUUGAUGUUA